AUGAUUGCACAAUCACAAGUACGUGAUGAAGACGUAGAAAUCGGCAGUAUACCUUCACUUCUCCGAUCUCAUCCGCUUGAACUUGCCAAAUUGGGAAAAGAACUAAGGCGGAUCGAGAAAAGGGCUGCAUUGCAACGUCGCAAGCGUCAGAAUUCGGUGACUAGAUUUGCGCAAAUUGUGCCUGGUCUGAGGCACCGCGGAUGCAGCAGACUCAAGUGUGGUUUGUACGGCCUCAUCUCCCUCAAAUCACCCCAAUCGAAACACAAAGACUACAUUGAAACUGCUUUGCAAACUAUUGACACUUUCAUUCAGUGGUCCCGUAGUCAUGAACGCAUUCUUGCCUCUUUCAGCAGCAGCAACGGCAGCAGCAGCAGCGGUGAUGCGACGGAGUUGAAGCACUUUUGCUAUGCCCGGCCGCGUGUCACCUUCCAGAACGCGGAUCAAAUUCCACGGCGACGACGGCAACGACCACAAUUGGAAUUUGACGACGAACCUGCGGAGGAAGAAUGGCGAGUCCAGACAAACUUCAACAUGAAUAACUCAGCAAUGGGAUGUGAGCAGGAGAUUAAACGCCUGCGAUAUGACUUUAGACGACUCGUGCAUGACUUGAAGGGAUCUCACAUUGCUGCGGCGAUUAACUUAUCAAUUCCACUUCCACCACGACAAUCCUGGUGUAGAAUGGAAGAUGAGGGCCUAGAAGAGCAAACUGAUGGUGAUGCGGAAGAUAUUGAGCACAACGCAAAUGCUUUGUUGGUGGUUGGGGAUGAAAACCAGAGUCAAAUCAACUUUGCGAAGGUGAAGUCAUCGCAGGAGGUGCACAAGCCCUCAUCCAACCCUGUCAAGAAUAAAACACAGUUGUCAGAAUUUUAUUCUUGCAAUUUUACCAUAUUCGCCGCUUACAUCGCCCUAAGAACUAGGCUGGGAGUGACCCUGGCGUACGUGUUGCGCAACCAGAUCCGCGAUUUCCUCAUCGAGGAGCAUGAGUGCGACGCAACAGGUUGUCAAGACGAGGAGGUGACUGCUUUGCCGACGGGCACUGAUACUACAGACACGGCGGCGUUCCGAGUGGUCACCCACGUGGCAGUGGUGGAGGUGAUGCAACAGAGCAUCAUCAUGGCUAGUCAGGGCCUUCACGAGCAUUGCACGGACACAUACUACAGCUUCACAUUCCGCUACACAGAUGCCAUCACUGUGGCCACGGUCUUUCUCAUACGGCAAUUUGUCCAAUUCCCCAACGUUGUCACCACAUCCAAUCCUCUCGUUCGAGACGUCUAUGAACGGUCAAAAUUAUGUCUUACGAUUAAAAUGGAACUAUAUACGGGACGCUUACGCUUUCUAAUAUGUGCGUCCGCCAACUAUGCUGUAUGGUCUCUUCGCGACGUCUAUGAGGUGAUGGCUUUAUGA